AACUUUCACUUUUAUGAUAGGAGGUAGCCUGGUCCCAGAUCCGUUUGUGCUUUUGCCUACUCUAUUGUCAUUGCCAAGCUAAACAUUGUUGGUAUGAAAAUUCAAUGAGGAGUUGGCAAGAGAGCAUAAACAGAAUGGUGCCCAGGCUAUGGAGCAGGCUCCAUACGGGAAGAAGGAAUUUCCCGCUAUUUUUCUCUUAUUUCAUUACUGUAGUAGUAAAUUACAUUUUCACCAUGUCUCCUGCACUCUUCAACUCUCUGUUCAUUCUGCUCAUAUUCCUCCCUAAUGGGCUCUCUCAGUUGGUGAGAACACAGCAGGUUGUCACAGCAACCCUGGGAGAAGAUGCAGUCUUAACCUGUGAGCUCAUGACACCCAAAGACGUGCGGCAAGUCACCUGGCAAAAAGAGACAACUGGGACGAAUGAAAAUGUGGCCACUUACAGCAAACGAGGUCCCAAUGUCAACCUACCUUUUCAAGGGAAUGUGGAGCUUGAAGACGAGGGACUGCAGAACUGUUCUAUCGUCAUCAGAGGAGUGUCAAGAGGAGACGAGUCCUGCUACAAGUGUCUGUUUAACACCUUUCCAGAUGGACCUAUCAGUGGCAGGACCUGCCUCCUAGUAAAUGAGCUGUAUGGACCCUCAAUCCUCAUCACACAAACCAACAACAGUCACACCACUCUGUCCUGUUCUGCUACUGGACGACCUGCUCCUAUAGUGACCUGGGAUGACACAAUGAUAGAACAUUCCACCAUGGUUGAUGUCACCCAUCCCAAUGGAACUGUCACUAUGACAACUACUGUAACAGUGCUAGUGUCCAGUCUAACUAACAAAGAAGUUAGGUGUGUUGCUUCUAUGUCCUUCAGUGAUGUCACCAAGAAUGCUUCCAUGGUGAUUCCAGCUUCAAUUACUGGUAAAUCUCAGGUCUCUGAUAACAAGAUCAGUGGUGCAGUGAUUGGUGCAGUGAUAGGUGCAGUGAUGGGUUCAGUGUGUCUCAUUGCUGUAUUCUGUGUAAUAUGGCUGCAAAAGAGGAGAAAAGAUACCUCUUCCAGAAAACCCCCAGUUCCUGACCCUGAAAUCAGCAGAACUCCCUUAAAGACACCAGCAACAUCCAAACAUGUCACACCAUCCUCCAGUCCAUCACAAAUAAACUUGGGAAUGAAACUUGGAAAUCUAUUUCUGUGGUGUAUGUUUCCUGCCGGUACAUUGUCUGGUUUGAUCUCUUUCACACCAAGCUCCAGUCCGUCACAAAUGAUACCAUCCCUCAGCUCGUCUGAGAAGCGCAGGAUACAACCAGCUCAGGAGGCUGUAAAGAGGAACCUUUUCAAUGACUACUGAGUGACUGUACUCAUAUUGCCACACACACCUGAUCAUUACUGACUAAUCUGGUUCAUGUUAUUUUAUCUUUAAAAGUCUGUGACAAAUCAAUCUGUUUUUUUAAAAGCAAUCCUUUUAAGAUGUUGUUUUGAGCCUGUCAUAACAGUUAUCUUAGUUGCCUGGUUUGUCUCAGGUCAUGAUACUCUAGGGCCUAGGGAGUGUUGUGCAGGUCAGUUUAAAGAUUGUAAGGAGAAAACAAAAAGCUCUCCGAGACAUUUACAAAGACCACACACGUAAGAAUGGAAAAUCAACCCUAUUGGACACUUCCACUAAACAAUAAAUAUGCAGUUCUGCCAUUAGGUAACACUCAGGUUUUGACCUCUUAAAACCAAGAGAGACAGCAUCAGUACUGCUUUUAAAUGUUUAUCUUGUAUAUACCUUGUAAGCAUGUGUAUCUGUCAUGUGUGUUGCUGUUUCUUUAUCUUGUGUGACGUGCCACAACUGAUGUUCCUUCUGGAAAAUGUUUCAUUUAUUCUAUUCAAUUUAAGGUUUCAAAGGGAGGGUAUAUUAUCAGUAAACUACCAGAAUUUUGGUAACUUUCAAGUUUUGGGGGGGGGACUUUAUAAGAUCACAUCUAGUGAGCAUUUUUGGGUACUUCAGAUUAUCACGUGUCUGUAAUUAUCUCUGGCCAUCUGUGUAGCCUUAUAUGUGAAUCCAUUUUUUAAAUUUUUGUUAUUCAAGUGACCAAAGUUGCCAUACUAGAAAUAAUUUGUGCUGACAUCAAAAUGAGGGGUAUUGUACAAAAUAAAUUAACCAGCAAAUGGAAGUCUCUAACCAAUCAGAAUGUCAAAGCCAAUGACGUGAUUCAUGUAAACCAACUCUGUCUCAACCAAUCAGUUUCUGGAACUAAUCAGAAUGGUGAGAAUGUUUUCACAUUCUUAAGACGUCGGUGAGGAAAGCAAAUCCAGACUCAUGGUGGAGAAGAAACGCUAGUGAGCGUGGUGUUUGGUAGGAGCGAUGUGGAUAGGUAGUCAGGCUAACUGAUGUGCAGGAAGGAAAUGACAGACAGGCCACCAUGAAACAGUUCUCAUGCUUUAAAUAGACUGGCCUUGCAUCCACAGAAGUACAUAGGCUACAGCAUACAUACAUUUUUGGGGAAAAACAGUUAUAAUAAAUCAUAUCCAGCUAGUUA